GCGUAAGCGGGAGCCGGCCGCUGCGGGCAUCUGGUUCCACAGCAUGGCGGGGGCGGGGCUGGGUGAGGCGCGCGCCAAGCAGGCCGGGGAGCCCCUCGCCCCGGCCCUUUGAGCCCGGACCGGACAGAGAUGUGAUAAUGGAUCAUCAUGUUUCCACCAUCAAACCUCGAAGAAUCCAAAACCAAAAUGUCAUUCACCGCCUGGAACGCCGGCGGAUCAGUUCAGGCAAGGCAGGCACCCACUGGCACCAGGUCCGAGUGUUCCACCAGAAUGUCUUCCCCAACUUCACGGUCGUCAAUGUUGAAAAGCCCCCUUGUUUCUUGCGUAAAUUCUCACCUGAUGGACGCUACUUCAUUGCUUUCUCUUCAGACCAGACAUCUCUCGAAAUCUAUGAGUACCAGGGCUGCCAGGCAGCUGAGGACCUACUGCAGGGCUAUGAGGGGGAAAUCCUGUCCAAUGGCAAUGACCAGCGGUCAGUCAACAUCCGUGGCCGGCUCUUCGAACGCUUUUUCGUCCUGCUGCACAUUACCAAUGUGGCAGCCAAUGGCGAGCACCUGAACCGGGAGUGCAGCCUCUUCACUGAUGACUGCCGCUGUGUCAUCGUGGGCUCAGCUGCCUAUCUCCCAGACGAGCCUCACCCUCCUUUUUAUGAGGUAUAUCGGAACAGUGAGUCCGUGACCCCCAACCCCCGGUCCCCCCUGGAGGACUACUCCCUCCAUAUCAUUGACCUUCAUACUGGCCGCUUAUGUGAUACACGUACCUUCAAGUGUGACAAAGUCGUCCUGUCACACAACCAAGGGUUGUACUUGUAUAAGAACAUCCUGGCCAUCUUGUCAGUGCAGCAGCAGACCAUCCAUGUCUUCCAGGUGACUCCUGAAGGCACUUUCAUUGAUGUGAGGACCAUUGGCCGCUUCUGCUAUGAGGAUGACCUGCUCACUGUGUCAGCUGUUUUUCCUGAGGUGCAGCGGGACAGUCAGACAGGCAUGGCCAAUCCUUUCAGGGAUCCCUUCAUCAACUCCCUGAAACACCGGCUGCUUGUGUACCUUUGGCGCCGGGCAGAGCAGGAUGGUAGUGCAAUGGCCAAGAGGCGCUUCUUCCAGUAUUUUGACCAACUGCGUCAGCUGCGCAUGUGGAAAAUGCAGCUUCUGGAUGAAAACCAUCUGUUUAUCAAGUAUACUAGUGAGGAUGUCGUAACCCUGCGGGUCACAGAUCCAUCACAGCUGAUUCUGCCUGUAACAGUUAGAGACUGUAUAAAGAAUUGUCUCCUAAGACCGUACCAGCCAUCCAUGGCAUCUUUCUUUGUGGUGUACAAUAUGGUGACAACAGAGGUGAUCGCUGUGUUUGAGAAUACAUCAGAUGAGCUUUUGGAGCUGUUUGAGAACUUCUGUGAUCUCUUCCGUAACGCUACCCUGCAUAGUGAAGUCCAGUUUCCCUGCUCAGCUUCCAGCAACAAUUUUGCACGGCAGAUCCAGCGCCGGUUUAAAGACACUAUUGUAAAUGCCAAGUAUGGAGGGCACACGGAGGCAGUACGCCGGCUGCUGGGUCAGCUCCCCAUCAGCGCCCAGUCUUACAGUGGUAGCCCCUACCUUGAUUUGUCUCUCUUCAGCUAUGAUGACAAGUGGGUGUCAGUCAUGGAGCGGCCCAAGACUUGUGGAGAUCACCCUAUCAGACCUCCAACUCCUUCCUGCUUCCUCACUGCCCGCUGAUGACCUUCACAGAGAAAUAGAAGCAAUCAGAAGUUCUUCCAGUUCCCACUACCAAACAUCUGUGCCCACAAUCUCUGCCUUCUCUCCUCUUAUGAUGCUCCACUUGUGUGUUAGCCCCUCAAGGACAGCAGUCCGGCAUCCUCAUUCUUUCCCCUCUCUACUGCAUCAUUCCCAUCAGCAAAACAUGUGGUCAUUUCCCCAACCUAAAAACAAACAAAAACCUCUUGAUCCUAAAGCCUCCUUUAGCACCUGCCCAUUUCUAUAUUCCCGCUCAAAGAAAUGACCAUACCUGCUGUUUCUUCCUGUCUUCUAUUCUCCUUGAACCCACGCCACUGAGACCUUAGCCCCUCAUACCUCCACCGAAAAUGCUCUAGUCAAGGUCACCGACCAACUCACAAUGUUAAGUCCAAUGAGCAAUUCUGUCGUCAGUCUAUGGACCUAUCAUAUCAGUAGCAUUUGAUAUAGCUAAUCUCUCUGCCCUUCAACCACAUUAAAAAAAAAACCACAAAACCCUCCAGGUUUUCUUAGUACUUCUCUGGAGAUUUCUUCUUUUUCUUUUGCUGAUUUUUCCUCAUCUCCCAAAUCUCUAAAUGCCAGAGGCUCCAGGGUGCUGUCCUUGGACCUCUUCUUCUCUUUGUUUAUCCUUUCUCUCUUGAUCUUGUAUCUUAUGGUUUUAAAUAUCAUCUAGGGACUUCCCUGGUGGUCCAGUGGUUAGGACUCGGUGCUCUCACUGCCAGGGGGCCCUGGGUUUGAUCCCUGGUCGGGGAACUAAAAUCCCAUAAGCCUCAUGGCAAAAAAAAAAACCCCAAAAUCAUCUAUAUGAUGAGUCUUCCAAAUGUAUACCUCUAGCCCAGAUCUGUCCCCUGAACUCCAUUUCUUUCUUUUUUCUUUUUUUUUUUGCGGUAUGUUGGCCUCUCACUGUUGUGGCCUCUCCCAUUGCGGAGCACAAGCUCUGGACACGCAGGCUCAGCGGCCAUGGCUCAUGGGCCCAGCCGCUCCGCGGCAUGUGGGAUCCUGCCGGACUGGGGCAUGAACCUGUGUCCCCUGCAUCGGCAGGCGGACUCUCAACCACUGCGCCACCAGGGAAGCCCUGAACUCCAUUUCUAAUAGUCAAUAUUGUAUCUCCACUUGGAUGUUAACGAAGCAUCUCAAACUUAACCACCCAAAUCCAAGCUCCUGCAGUCUCCCCUGUC